AAGAAUUGACAAGUUUAUAGGUCCGAUAUUCCAGAUCCUACAACUCUCAGCCACACGUGUACCUAAACUUCCUCCACCGCACCUCUCCGACUGCCACGUGGACCACCUCCUCCAUUCUUUAUUUAAAUAAUAACUAAUAAUUAACCGGUAGAAAAAAAAAAAAAAAAACCAUGGCGUUUUUCAGAGUAACAUCCAAAAGCAUUUCCACCGGAAAGAUACUGCUCAACGGCGAUCAAUGGAUUUGUAGGGGAUUUGUCUCGGUUACAAGGCUGUCACAGAAAGCUAAGAUUGAUAAAGAGACGUGCGGGAAGAUAAUAGAAGCGGCGGAGACGGUUAAGGACGGGACGAAAGAGGUGGUGCAGGAAGUGAAGCGUGUCGGUGAAGUCGUCGCCGGAAGAGUUGCUAAUACCACCGGAAAUAUGGUGGCGGAUGUGGCCAAAAAAGGAUUUGAGAAAGCGUCGGAAAAUGCAGAAAGUGAAAAAAGCAAGGAUGUUUUGGACACCGCCAAAGCCGCUUCAGAAGCUUUUAAGGAGAAAACGGAGAAAAAUGAUAACAAGUGAUAGGGCAAUUUAGAGCAUUCGAUCAAUACCUCUUACUGUUGUUCGUUACAUAUAUGUAGUUUACUUUAUUUUCAUUAGCAUACGGGUGAGUUAUACACUACGAAGUUAAACAAGUGUUUUGACAUUGCACCGUGUUACGAAUUUACGAUUGUCGUUGCAUACUAAACUUGUAUUUAAAAUGAGAGUGACUUUGUGUUUGUGAUUAUGAUGCAAUAGAAUGAGAAAUCUAAAACAUCUAUAUAUAUGAAAAGACGACGUAUAAUAGAGAUUUUGUGGUUAAUUUUCACAAAACCAAAAUGGUUUCUUAUGUGAUGCAAAGUCACGCAUA